CUCGAGCAGUACUGAUUGUUUUAGCUGCCAAAAAUUGUUUUCAUAUCAAACGUUAAUCCAGUUUCAAAUUGAUGAAGACUUCUAGAAUAAUCAAGGCGAUAAGACAGUCUCAGUCAAGAUACAGUUUCUGUUCAAGGUCAUGGAGCACAGCAAUAGAAGGCAGCCAUCAAACACAGGGCAAGGGAACAGAACACAGCGCCAAUCAAGAGAAACUGUAGAGUUCAGUGUUAAGGGGCCGAUUGCAGUAAGCCUCGAUGAAGAGCAAGUCACCAGCCACGGCUGUUCUGUGGUAGAGCUGCAGUUCCAGGGCCCCUCACAAGUUGGUGAAUUAGUAUUCCGAAACUAUUACACUGCUUGGUUGACUGUCCUAGUUCGAACUGCAGUUAGUGGAGAUGCGAAUGCAACAAAUGCGUCCUCAUCGGCUGCCUCAGCAACCAAAGAUGAUUCAGCAGAAUGGCAAGUUGGAAUUCCACAAAGAAUUCUCAUGCCAAAUCCUCACCUUGAACCUGGAAGUCAUGACCUAUUUUCAAUCCCGGCUACUGAAAGCUUACUGGAGUGGAAUAACUUACUGGCAUUGCGACUCGUCUUGCGUCAGCCAUCUCCAGUAUGGAGGACCUUCCAUGUUGAAGAGUUGAAUGUUUUCCGGGAUCCUCCCCGGCGUGGACCUCGGCCUAUUCAGAAGACUUCCACUGGAAGCUCUGCAUACAUCAAGGAAGUGUCUCUUACAACAGUGAUUCAGUGCCAGACGGUAGAAUCACUUAAGUGGCUUGCAUGCAACGAUCAGCGAGAGGCGAAAGAGCAACGUGAAGGACCAGCUCAAUUUAAAGAUGUGCAGAAGAAGCUUACUUCAUACAUCUUCAACAUGAACAUUCUGCAUGUUUGGGCAAUAGAAAUUACACAGCCUAUGAUACCUGCUGUUCCUAAUUGA